UAUUAUGAUCUGUUGAAAUUAAAAAAGAUUAAUCUAUUAAUAAUCAAAACUAUAACAAAAAACCAUAAAAUAUUUAAAAAUGUAAUUAUCAAUAAUUGCUGACUGCUGUAACAAACCUCAUUCGCAAUACCGGCUGUUAGUUAUUUUUAUGAAUAAAUAAAAUCCCAUUCCAUUAAGAUUUUGUAUUAUUUUUUUUUAUUACGCCUACUUAACUAGUUUUGACUAUAUUCAUAUUAUAUACAGUUACGCCCGAGAUUUACGCCGUAUUAUUUUCUUAAUAAUUUAUUAGUUCUUGAUUAGUAUACUACACCACACAAGGUAGACAACACGUGGUUAAAGCGUACAACACUAAUACUGCAAGAUUUUUUUACUGAUGGAACAAUUAAUUGCACACUUAAAUAUUUUUACAACCAUUUAUACCAUUUAUAGUAUUCACGGGUACAACAAUUAUCAUUAUUUUUAUUUGAAAAAUACAAAUAUAAUAUGAAUAAAAAAAUUAUAGAUAUUCAUAAAAGAUUUAUGUAAAAAAUGCAAUUAAACUUAGUUCAUCUUAAUAAAAUAACUAGCUCACUUUGAAAAAGCAACUCACUAAGCCACGCAUCUGUGAAGUUUUUAAAAAUGUACAAUAUAUAGCCUACUGAUUUUAUUCAGGUCAAACACGUGGAAGCGGAAAGUAAGUAAAAAAUUAUUUAAAAUUAAAAUAUUUACAAAUUUUAAAUAUAAGUAUUACAAUAAGUUAAUACAAAAUAUGUAUUAUUUAUUAAGACGUCGAUCGUCUACUUAGAAUAGCCUACGUGCAUACAAAGCCUACGUCAAUACAGUUAUUAUUAUUGAUGUAAAAACAUCUUAGGGCCGUUCAGCAUAGGCGCAUAUAGAGAGGGGGUGCUUGGGGGUUUUUUGCACCCCAGUUUCCUGUAAAAUGUAUUUCGGUAACAUAAUAGUUUGUGUUUUAUAAACACUUGAAAGGUAUAGAUUUUAUAAAAAAUAACUAUAUAUUUAAAAUAUUUAUUACAUAGUCAAUGGUCAUGUCUUUUGAAAUAUUAUUAUAUGAUAUAUCAAGAUAAUUUGACAAUAUUAACAGCUAGUUUAUCAGCAGAAAUGCUGAUCUUAAAGAACAGUCACCAGGCAAUUUGAAUUUGAAGACUUGAAAAACCAUUAGGCACAAUAAGCAUAGGGGAGUGGUACGUGACGGCGAAGUGUUUAAGGCUGGUCACCUUUAUACGUUCUCCCGGUCGGCCUCACGGGCGGACGAGUGCAGUCGAAGGCGCGUUUGCUCGCGGGUGACGACCAUCGUGACAGAAGGCGAGGCCAGACCACGACGAGACUGUUGACGGCAUGCGGCUAGUGCGUGACGAUGAUGCGAAAGUGCUUAAGACGGGACCGUAUCGUGACAAAUAUGUCAACAGCGCAGAUCAAAAACAUUGAGCGAGCAAAGACAACUAUAUAAUAUUUGCGCUGGCGGAAUCAGCGGUGACCGGAGGCGUAAGACUCGACCGGCGGGUACCACUGGCCGAAAACCAAAGAGAAUCGGCGGACCAAUCCGCCGUGUCAAGGAGUCGAAAACUGGAGAGCACGAAAUCUUAACGCUGACUGAUCAGAACAUAUUAUUAUAUUAUUGUGUGCGUACUCACUGGCUAGAACAAUAACAACUCUGCACCCGCGUCGUCUGGGAAAUAUUUGUAUUUUUCGUUGACAGCUUAUUAGGACGAUAUUGUAACUUUGCGUACAUUAUAUUUUGCAAUUACGAGUCUGAGCCAUACUACAGAGUUUCACGAUGUAUAGAGAAUAUGACGACCAAAUGCUUAGGGACUUCUUUGAAGUAUUUGUCAUGGACGUGGUCAACGGUCUAAUGAAAGUGAAUGCAGACACGCAGACAAUUAGGUACCAACCGAUACCUGGAGAUAUAAUUAACGAAAACGUGGCGUUCGACAGACGAAUGGGUGACUUUGUGGUGCUGAUCUUUGGCGCUGCUGUCAUUGCUCCGGACGAGACUCUGCAGGUGAAGCCCUGCGGAAUGUCCGAAUCACAGCGUGGACAGGCAGCACCCCAGGAGAUCGGAGACGGAGACAAAGUAAAUACCGAAUACUUCUCGGUGGACACCGGGAUGCGGACGGCUGAGGCCGACACGUCGGCGAAGAGUUGGGCAACGGGAUGUCAGUACGAAGAUCUAUUGUUACAGAGGCUCAGCAGCAAACUGACGCGUAUCCAUGCCAUGGACGUAUCCAUACGGUGGAUGGACAUGAAACAGGCCGGGCGCCUGUUUUUUUUGUCGAGGCCGCAGAUGUGUUUAAAAGCAAGGAGACUCCCGGACUUGCAUCUCUGCCGAAGAACACCUGAUGAGAUGGCGGCGACACGGGGAGUGGUACGUGAAAGACAGGCGGAUGGCGGCGGCGGCUAGCGGCAAUGUGACGAUCACGUGACUUAUAACGGCGGUGGAGGAGACUCCUGACCACGACGGGCGAGUGAUGGAGCUAUACAUUUGUGCUAGGAACAUGGACGCGUGGGACGUCAGAAUCGCACACGGUCCUGCGGGAACUAUUCCAACGUUUCAGGGUCCGGUUGUGCGUGACUCCUCGGCGUGGCAACGGCCGAGUCGUGUUGCCAGGGCGUAAAUCAAGAAGAGUAAUCCCGCGGGCCGAGUCUGCGUGUCAGGACGGAAACCGUGGCGUGGAAAUCAGGAUCACGGUUCCAGGUGAUAGUUUCGAGUGUCGGCAACCACCGCGAGCUCGCAACGCCAUCGACCGCGAACUCAUCAUUCCGCGGGGGUGACCUGCAGAAAAUGUAUAGGGUGACUUUCCACCCGGACACAAUGUGCACUUUCAUGUACCACUCCCCGUGUAGCCGCCGUCUCGUCUGGUGUUCUUCAGCCGAGGUGCAAGUCCGGGAGUCAGAAAAACAGGCACCCGGAAUAUUUAAUACCCAUCCACGCCAUAGAUACGUAGCGGCGCCAUGUACGUCCACGGCCUGGAUAUGCGUCUGUCUGCUGCUGGGCCUCCAGAAGAAUAGACAUCCUGCAGUCCAGAUCUCCCGUAUCUCUGCUCUUCACCGACGUGUCGUCCUCGGCCGCCUGCAUCCCGGCGUCCGCCGAGAACUUUUAGGUCUUUAAUCUGUCUCCGAUUCCAAUCUCCUGGGGUGCAGCCUGUCAACACUGUGAUUCGGAUAUUCCACAGGGCUGCAACUGCAAAGUCUCGUCUGGAGCAAUGACGGCAGCGCCGACCAUCAACACUACAAAGUCACCCAUUCUUGUUUCUGUUAAACGCCUCGUCUUCGUUGUGUACAUCUUCAGGUAUCGGUUGCUAAUUGUCUGCGUAUCGGUUUCCACUUUCGUUUAUUAGAUCAUUGACCACGUCCAAAACGAAUACUUCAAAAUAGUCCCUAAGGAUUUGAUCGUUAUAUUCUCUGUAUAUCGUGAAAACUGUGUGUGUGGUUUCAACACGGAAUUGCGAAUUAUAAUGAACCGCAAAGUUGCAAUAUCGUCUUAAGCUGUCACCGAAAAAUACAAAUAUUUCCCAGACGACGGGUGCAUUUUUUUUUUUUAGAACUAUAAAUGUGGUCGAAAAUUUCGCAGAACAGACAAAUUACAUAUUCUACGCACCUUGGUAGUUAUGGUUUUACAAGAAAUUAUAAUUUAUUAUAAGUCAUACAAUGUCCAUGCAUAUACAUUAUCAAAUAAUAGUCAUACAAAAUAUAUAAGUCGAAUUUAAAGAUAAAAAGACGGAUAAAUCAUUUUGCCUUAGGUAUAGCAUGUGUUGACUGUAAGUACUUAUGUGAGUGUAUAUUAUGUACGCAAGCUGUAAUAGUAAUACAGUAAAACAAGUACUUAUUAACCUAAUAUUUGUGUAUUAAACCUACUUAAUUUUUAGUUUGUAUUAAUAUUAUCGUGUAAUUGAAACACAGAAAUAAAAUAAAAAUUGUUUGUAACCAUACGAUCGUUGUAGAUUUAUCACAAAAUAUUAUAUUUUAGCCAUAAUUAUGAUUGAUUUAAUAUAAAUAUUUCAUACAUUGUAUACUACCUACAUACUAUUGCAGUUCCGCAUAAUAUCGUAAAUAUACAAAUAUCAAAGUCAGUUUACAAGUUAUCCGUUCACCAUGUGAAAUAACGACUAAUUAUUUUGUUAACCUACGUAAGUCAAAUUUUAUUGAUCUCUUUCUUUUUUAAGAUUUGUACGUUUGUGACAAUUGUUUAGAUACAAUGAUUUCUAAAAAAAAAAACGAGAUGGCCGCUCAUCUUCUGUAUAAUAUUAAUGGAAUAUACCUUGUCACUGAGUGAAUUACAAUAUAAUAGAUGUAUUAAGGACUAAAAUUUGAAUUCGGUAAUAAAUCAACGUACGUAUAAAUACAAUUAAAAAUUAUUUUGAGCGGAGACGGUCUUUCUGCAACUCAUAAUUUAUAUCUCUAAGGAUAGGUAUUUUGUUAUAUUUUUAUGUGCUAUUAUUAAUUUAUAUUUAUAUUACUAUCACAGUUGUAGCUUGAACCAAUUUUUGUCACAAACAUUUUGCUUAUUAUAAUAUGUACAAUUAUAAUUAUUAUAUUAUUAGCUGUUAUGGACUGAUCAGUAAAUUCCGGUCCGGCGUACAAUAGAACGAUGUGAAUAUGUUUGUGUUAUAAAUUUCUUAGAAUUAUUAUAGAUAUUUUGAAAAUGUCAUUGUGUAUUGUAAAAAUAAUAUUAUACAUAGUUAAAAAGUUUCAAGUCUCUGCAAGUAAUAUUUUUUGAAUUAUAUCAAAACAACAAAAAUUGUUUGAAGAAAAAUCGUUACAAAUUGUUGUCGUAAAUAUUUCAACUGUCCAUAAAAAAAUAUAUGAAAAUAUAAGCAUU